AUUGUUGUAAGAACAGUCCGAAUUAAAGCCCUCGACCACGUAUCUGGACACACAAAACAUAUGAUUUCCUCGCAGUGUAAACAAAGUCUUCGUCCAAGAGAAAGAGGACACUUCUGUAACGCAAUUUCCCAACUCCCAUAGGCUUCUGAUUGAAUUCUGAGAUGCCCCUCCUCUACAGUGUCAUUGCACGGGGCACAACUGUACUGGCCCGCUAUGCCACCUGUGCUGGGAACUUUGCAGAGGUCACGGAGCAGAUCCUAACCAAGAUAGCACCCGGGGAGACGGGGAGGCUUACCUACUCUCACGCCUCCUAUCUCUUCCAUUACGUGGCGCAGGAUGGAGUGGUGUACUUGUGCAUUACAGAUGAUGAAUUCGAACGACAGCGAGCUUUCCUUUUUCUCGAAGACAUCAAACAGAGGUUCCAGGCAACGUAUGGCUGCCGAGUUCACACAGCACUUCCCUAUGCCAUGAACAGUGAAUUUGCCCAGGUACUGGCAACGCAGAUGAAGCACUACACGGAGUCUAGGGACAUUGACAACAUCUCGCGCUUGCAAGGGGAAGUCAGUGAUGUGAAGGACAUUUUAGUGAAGAAUAUUGAAAGCUUGGCCAGUAGAGGAGAGAGACUUGAACUACUAAUCAACAAGACAGAGAACCUCAACACAUCAGCAGUAACAUUUAAGACCACAAGUCGGACCUUGGCACGAAGCCUAUGGUGGAAGAACGUGCGCAUCAUUUUAUUCAUAAUCUUAGGCGUAGGGGCAAGCAUCUAUAUAAUUGGAGCUAUGAUCUGUGGUCUAGCAUGGCAAAACUGCCCUGGACAGUAGAACAAAGCAUUUAGAACUGGAUUACAGAUUAAGGCCUACACAGCUUCAGAAGUGUUGGAGACAGCGAAGGUGUCAGAGUCGCCAAAUUCAGCUGUUUUCCCCUACAGAUAUUGUCUCAAGACUUCUGUGUGGGAAUGCUACCUUGUAUUAAAUAGCAAGCUAAAAUCUUCAUCUGAGGCUUUUGAUAUUUAUAGAAAGAACUUGUAAUACUCCAUGUGAUUGGGUCUAUAUACUACAUCUACAUGGGAUCAUAAGUAUGCUCUUAUUAAACACACACAUAUACGUUUUUAUUUUGUCGGUCUUGAUUAUCCUUUUUGUAACAGUAAUGCCACUAUUUUUCAUACAUGUCAUGAUCAUUUAAUGUAGUUUUUUUUUCUGAGGUAUGAUAUAAAGUAUGUAUUGAAGUCAUAUUUAUACUCUCUAGGAUAUGUUGUAAAUUUGUCCAUUAUUAUAGAAUUUUAUAGUUUUACUUAGAUAGGAUUUGUCAUUCUCCCUGUUUGACCAAGCCCCAACACUUGCACUCGCAAGAUCUGUAGCCAGUAGAGUUUAUAGUAUGUGCUUAGAGUGUGUAUGUGUAUACUGCUAUGUGAGGAAAGAAUUUGUGUACUUGAGAAUGUUUGGAAGUGUGCAAAGAGAAUCUCGGAAGAUGAGGGAUCUUUAUAGAAGGGGACCCUGAUGUGUGGGUGGGUAUUUGUAUGUGCAUGUACCUCUAGAAUGCUGUUGAUGUUUAAGAGUGGCAACUGCAGUUCAUUGAUUACUUCUGGCUUCAUUGUAUUGAUUAGGACAAUUGGUAAUGCCAUGUUUGUUAGAAUAAAUUUCUUGUGUGAGUACUAUUGUCCAAGUUCGGACGAAAAAGGUAGAUACAGCAUAUAUAAUAUUACAAGAGUAUAAGGCAUACUAUAUCCAGAAGAAGACUGUAAUUCAUUGUUUUCUAAUGUGAUUACAGCUAUUGUAAAUGUUAGUUUAAAAGGUUUGAUAAAUCUGGAAAAGAUUUUGGUGCACAGAUUCAUCCAUCUCCUCAUAAUAAAGAUGAUUUUGUUGGAAAAUAUAUGACUACAUUUAAAAAAAACAAUGAGGUGAUUAUAAUACAUUUUCAUUGUGCUGUGCAUGCUUAUAUAUGGCAUUAUCAUUUUCUUUAAGUUAUAUUUUCUGUGAUAGUGUCCAUAACAUUUGGAAAGUUAAUCUAGGAUUUUACAAUAAGCUUUUCCAAAUUGGAUUUGAAAAUAUACAUUACAUAUGAUCAAUUAGAUUAACACUUAUAUACUUCUUUUUUAAUCUUUCUUUCUGUUCCACUAACUGCAAUUAUAAGUUUGAUAUCCUUUUGCAUCACGCAAGAAAAUUAGAGGAACCACAUUUCCCAAUUUAAUCUAAUCUUGCAAUGAGAAUUAAUUUGUGUCUUGAUAGAAAAGAAAGCUUCCUGCAAUUUUAUACAUUAUGUAUAACAUUAAAAGAACUAAGUUAUGAAUUGCUGGAUCUAUUCCAUUUGUGAAAUUUAACCAGUAAUUGAAAACAGUGCUUCACCAUUCUUGUAUAUUGCAAAAUGCUCUUAAUACAUACCACAAAAUGUAACUAAGGUAGCUUAAAGGGUUUACGAGUUUUUGAGAGCACCAGAUAUGUCACAAGAUGAUGUCUAAGCACUGCUUAUCGAUUUUCUCUCUCUCUCUCUCUCUCUCUCUCUCUCUCUCUCUCUCUCUCUCUCUCUCUCUCUCUCUCUCUCUCUCUCUCUCUCUCUCUCUCUCUCUCUCUCUCUUUCGCUUGUGUAAUUAUACAGAAUCCAGAAGCUGAUUCCUAAAAGUGCCUUAUUAAGAUAUAUUGCAGUUUAUUCCAUUAAGAAUAGCUUAUAUGCGCAUUGUAUUUAAUAUGAAUUAUAUAAUAUAUGCAUUUCAGCAUGAUUCUUACUCUUCUUAUUUCCUUUUUUCACCAUGUACUUUGUGAUAUCCUUGGUCAUGACACUGAGUGUAUGCUGUAAUUUUUUGUGUAUAUAUAAGGAUUUCUUGAUUAAA